AUGAAGAUCUAUGACAAUGUCUCUGCUGACGAAUCGCCUGGCCACUAUAUUUGGGAAACCUUGUUGCCAAUGACAGGAAACUUCUUUGGCUCUCCUUGUUUUGUAAGCGUAUGCCUUGAAAUCCCUAUUGUUUGCAGGAGCUCUGGAAACUGGGACAAGGUUGCUCCAGAGUCAUCCAAGAACAUUACUGCCAUUUCUGAGAUCCAAAUGGAGAAUGUGCAAAUGGGUGAUUGCGGUCUUAUUGCCAUCUCUGCUUUCUUGCAACUUCAGUUCUUGCAGCUCAACCGAACCAGUGAUUGUAGCGGACGAUGGGGCCUGUCUGCAGUUGUAGUUCUUGCAAGAAUCUUAGCGAAGCUACACAUAGAUGCGUGGAGCAGAUUUCGGUGGCAAAAUGGGACUCUUAUUGCGGCUGUGAAAUUCUCUGCUUUGAAGAAGCUGUGCAUCAAGAAUAGUCCUAUAUCUGACAGGGCCGCAAUUGAAGCCAUUGGAGAUGGUUUGUCUAAUCUCAUCAAGCUGAAGGUCAUGCAGAUCAAAGAGGCAGUUGAUUUGGUGAACCUAUUCAAGGAUCCGCCAAGGCUGCUGGCUAGGCGGUUAUACCGACCUGAAGCAUUGCAAGAAAGAGUAAGGAUGACUACAUCAUGCAUCGUGAUCCGUUUUGGAUGA